CCGGAAGUGCCGUGGCUUCUUGGUCAGCUCGGAUGCUUUAUCUCCUCAUUCCGGACUUUUUCUUUCAUUUUCAUCAACUGUGAUUAAAAUGUUGGGUAUUUUCUUGCUCUAACGAGGCGCCCACAUGUUUUUCCGUGAGGCACGCCGGACACAGAGGACCAACGAAGCCGGAAACUUUGGAUUAAAUCCCAUCUGGCAUGCUGUUUAGCUAGCCGGCUAACAGGCUAAGAAGGCUGGCAGCUGACUGCAGCUUUCUGAUUGUGUCCAGAUUAGUUUGAAAACCACCACAGGAGGAUGAAUAAGAGACAGAAUCAGCUUGUUUAUAUCCUCCAGCGGUUUGUUGUCACUGUUCUGGCAACAGUGAUGUAAAGGAUUUUGGGAGCAUAAAUACUGUAACUGAAGUUUUUGGGGCUUGAAAAUGGAGGAUAAAUACAGCAGCAACGUCCUGUCAGGGGGGAAGCUGGGCAUGGUGGAAGUACCUGAUUCCAGAUUAACCAGGUACAUCGUUUUACUGAUCAUCUCAAAGGUCCUCAAAGCUCUCGGGAUCUUUGAGUCGUACGACAUCCUCAAAGUUGUUCACGUAGUUCAGUUUAUCUUCGUAUUGAAAUUAGGGAGUGCUGUUAUUCUCCUUUUCUUUCAAAAGCCUUUUUCAUCUGGAAAAGUCAUCUCAAAAAGACAGUGGAUAAAGUUACUAAAGCACGCUGUUUUCAGCUGUGUCAUAUCCCUCCUGGGCUUCUUUGGUCUGACUCUCUGUGGACCUCUAAGGACGUUAUUGCUUUUUGAGCACAGCGAUGUGGUGGUCAUCGCUCUCCUCGGCGUCCUGUUCACAAACUCAGGAGGCGGACCAUCCAAGACCAGAGGUGCUGCUUUCUUCAUCAUCGCCGUGAUCUGCCUCCUCCUCUUCGACAACGACGAUCUGAUGGCGAAGAUGGCCGAGCACCCUGAGGGACACCAUGACAGCGCGCUCACUCAUUUCCUCUACACUGCCAUUGCGUUUUUAGGGGUUGCAGAUCAUAAAGGUGGUGUGGUGCUGCUGGUGGCCUCCUUGUGUCUGAAAGUCGGCUUCCACACAGCGUCCAGAAAGUUAUCAGUGGAAAUUGGUGGUGCCAAGCGGCUCUACGCCCUCGACAACCUGGUUUCUGCGGUGGUGCUGCUGCCCUGGGUCAUAGUGCUGUCAGCGACCACGGAGAGCAAAGUGGAGUCGUGGUCGUCCCUCGUCCUGCCCUUCGGGAUGAUCAUCUUCUCCGUCAUGAUCCUGGAGUUUUACGUCGAGGCCAUCUGCUGCGCCAAGAUGGAGACGCCGCGGUGCGCCCGUUAUGGCGCCAUCGCCCUCUUCCUCAGCGCCCUGCUGCUGGCCAACUUCUGGACUCACCCGCUGACCGACCAGCUCCGCUCCAUGAGCAAACCGCCCCAGCAGGUCAGCACUGAGCACGUGCUGUCUGGUGGGGUGCUGGUCAGCGCCAUCUUCUUCAUCAUGUCCUCCAGUAUUCUCUCGUCUCCAUCGAAGAAAGGUCAGAAGGGCACCUUGGUGGGUUACUCCCCUGAAGGGACGCCGCUGUACAACUUCAUGGGCGACGCCCUGCAGCACACGUCACAGUCCCUCCCGCGGUUCAUCAAAGAUUCCCUGAAGCAGAUCCUGGAGGAGUACGACUCCAGACAGAUCUUCUACUUCCUUUGUCUCAACCUGGCUUUCACCUUUGUGGAGCUGUUUUACGGCGUUUGGACCAACAGUCUCGGAUUAAUCUCUGAUGGCUUCCACAUGCUGUUCGACUGCUCUGCUUUGGUCCUGGGCCUGUUCGCUGCCCUCAUGACCCGCUGGAAAGCCACUAGGAUCUUCUCCUACGGGUACGGUCGAGUUGAAAUACUGUCUGGAUUCAUCAACGGCCUGUUUCUGAUGGUCAUCGCUUUCUUCGUCUUCAUGGAGUCGGUCACGCGUUUGUUGGAUCCUCCGAACAUCAACACAGACAUGCUGACG